ACAGACCUACUGAGACAGAGAGACACUGAGACAGAGAAACACUGAGACAGAGAGACACUGAGACAGAGAGACACUGAGACAGAGAAACACUGAGACAGAGACACAGUGAGACAGAGAGACACUGAGACAGAGAGACACUGAAACAGAGAAACACUGAGACAGAGACACAGUGAGACAGAGAAACACUGAGACAGAGAGACACUGAGACAGAGAAACACUGAGACAGAGACACAGUGAGACAGAGAGACACUGAGACAGAGAGACACUGAGACAGAGAGACACUGAGACAGAGAAACACUGAGACAGAGACACAGUGAGACAGAGAGACACUGAGACAGAGAGACACUGAGACAGAGAAACACUGAGACAGAGACACAGUGAGACAGAGAAACACUGAGACAGAGAGACACUGAGACAGAGAAACACUGAGACAGAGACACAGUGAGACAGAGAGACACUGAGACAGAGAGACACUGAGACAGAGAAACACUGAGACAGAGACACAGUGAGACAGAGAAACACUGAGACAGAGAGACACUGAGACAGAGAAACACUGAGACAGAGACACAGUGAGACAGAGAGACACUGAGACAGAGAGACACUGAGACAGAGAAACACUGAGACAGAGACACAGUGAGACAGAGAAACACUGAGACAGAGAGACAUUGAGACAGAGACACAGUGAGCAGCAGGAGACCUCUAUCAGCCUGGAGAGAGAGCGGACCAGAGGACCAGAGGAGGAAACACAGAACCCUGAAUCCAACCCAGAAGACCAGGACCAGUCAGUCAGCUGGGACCCAGACCCUGAAGACCGGGAAGACCUAUUAACCCUGACCCCGGACAAGAAGACCUAGACCAGAACCAGCUCAGGCAACUAGGACUACUCACUACAGCCCACUACAGCCCCAGGCCAGCCCAGAACUGGCCCAGUCCACUACAGCCCCAGAACCAGCCCAGAACCAGCCCAGGCCAGCAGACAGGACAGAGAGAUGGCGGCAGGUGUCAUCAGAACCUUCCGUCUCUCGGCCACUCCCUCCUGCUAUCUACCCAUGAUCCUCCAACAUUCCCUCAUGGACGAGGAAGAAGAGGAGAGGGAGGAGGAAGAGGAGGAGGAAGAGGAAGAGGAGGACAGGGAGGAAGAGGAAGGUGAUGAGGAGCAGGAAGCUUUCUCAAGCCCCGCCCCUUGCUCGUCAGAUCUGACCAAUCAGCUGCUUCGGUUUGCUGACACCAUCAGCCGGGACGUCAUGCGAUAUUUUGGCUGUCGCCACGAUGACCCGGACGCCUGUGACAUCUACAGCGACAAUGACCGCAUCUCCACAGCAACAAGCGGACGACGGCGUUACUAUGAUGACCUGGUUAGGAUGGCAACAGGAAGCCCGGAGUCCGUGUCUAGGGCUGGCAAUCACCAAGGACCGUGUGUUUCUGUUGCCGGGGGUGAUGGAAGUCUGGGUCCGUUGGCCGAGUUGUUUGACUGUCGGAUUGGGCCGAGCCAGGGACGAUGUCGUCCAAUGAACAAGAGACAUCUCCCUCUCAGCUUCUGGAACGAGCCAAUCCCCUGCCUCCCUGUGGGCACGCUCAUUAGUGCUGACAAUACACGCACACACCACAACACACACUCACAUGACAACACGACCUCACACGACAAUACACACACACACCCGGACUUCAGUGACCUGCUUGCUUACUGGGACCCCAAUCCUGACCUCACUCACACACACACUGACCUCACACACACUGACCUCACACACACUGACCUCACACACACUGACCUCACACACUGACCUCACACACACUGACCUCACACACUGACCUCACACACACUGACCUCACACACACUGACCUCACACACACUGACCUCACACACACUGACCUCACACACACUGACCUCACUCACACACACACUGACCUCACACACUGACCUCACACACUGACCACACACACUGACCUCACACACACUGACCUCACUCACACACACACUGACCUCACACACACUGACCUCACACACA